UUUUUUAUCUUCAAUCACCUGGGUUUCUAAAUUAGUUAUGUCGCAGCUCUGUGUCCAUCUAUUUAGUUGAGGUUCAAGUAGUGUAAAGUUUUUUUUUGUUUGUUUGAUAAUUGUGGUAUCCUGGCUGGCUUGUGUGCACCUCGAUUAAUUUUACGAGAUACCUAUUACCUCCCAACAACAAUCCACCAAGGCUGGGACUGGACAUAUGAGAAUAAUCACCUACUGUUUUUGUCUCUUCUGGGGAAGUAGUGUUUAAUUAUUGAGGAGAAUGAAGUUCUCUGUAUAGUAUUUAAGGUUGGACAUGAAUCAUACAAGGUGCUUGGAUAUUUCUAUGUCACAAUCUAGAGUAGUUUCCUCCCAUUUUUACAGUUAUGAUAAAAUACUCUGUUGAGUUGAUUAGGCAAAGGAUCCCAACUUUCUUUUUUCCCCAAUUGUCCCUGUUUUGGAUGGCAUGCGUUAUGACACAUCGUUGAAGCAUCAAAAUCAACAAGUUAUCUAUCUGCCAUAGGGAUAGUAAUAAAUAGUUAGAUACUUUAAUUGCUAACACACUAUUAAAAAAAUUCUAUAACUAAUGGGGAUUUAAAAAGUUGGAUUUUUUAAUUGCUAACACUCUAUAACUAAUGGGGAUUAAAAGUUGGAUAUGCUGGAUCCAUAAGGAUGCUGAUGUAAGUCUCUUGCCUGCUCUUUUGUGAAAGAUGUUGCACCAUACUUCCUGUCCUGACUCCUGACAUAUCAAGAGGGUUGGGAAUAUAUAGCUACAUUAUGGUGUAAUGCCAAACCCGUUUGCAUAUAGGUCAAGGUCUAAUUCGUUAAUUUUAUUUCGAAGUGUAAAGUACAAAUAGUAACAAAUAUACUCAACUGGACUGAGACUAACAUUUUAAGCAUUUAAUUUUGCUGAAGUAUUUGUGUUACCUUCAUUCUAAUCGAACAUGUGCACUAUUUCUUUACUUGCUAUCUUUUAAUAUGAUAUUUGUGCUACAUUCAUUCUAAUCGAACUUGUGUGUAGAGAUUCUGUAGAAUUGGUGAUGACAAAUGAACCAACUUCUAGAAGAGACAAAGAAUUUUAUAACAAAAUGAACAAAAAUAAUUUUAGUAAUAUAAGAUGUGCACAUUGCACCGGUCCGCUUUCUAAGGAGAUGGAGACAAGUGAGUGGACAGUUCCGCCUCUAAUCCGGGAUAGCUUUUCUAUGAUUGGCUCUGCAGUUGGUGGUACUACAAGUGCAUUUUAUGGCUUCAACCAUGUGAUGCCGAUUGUUAGAAGGUGGGUUAAAGGACGUAUGUGGUUACAUUUCCUUGUUGGUGCUCCUCCUGUGAUUGUUUUCUCAUCUGCAUGUGCAGGGCUAGCAGGUGGUGCUGUUCCAGCAUUUGCACAGCUAGCAUCUUCGUCUUACCAUGCUGUGAUCUCAUCUUCCACAUUACCACCUACAGCCUCUCAAGAUGAAAACAUGAGAAAAUCUAGAACUUCUUCAACUUUAUAGCUUAAACACCAAGAGGAGAUGCUUUUACUAUCAUGAGUCCAGCAUUUUGCGGGAUCAUUUCUUAGUUGUGACAGUCUGUCCUCUCCUGUUUACUAGCUCCCGUUGUGGUGGAUUUUUUUUCCUUUGAAAAUAUAUUACUUGUUCAUGUAAUGAGUUUGUUUAUUUUUGUAAAUUCCAACCUUAGUAUCUCAGUGAUGGCAGAAAUUUGACAGAGUUUUUUUAGGAAGUCGAGUGCGUGAUAGUUUUCGUAGCUCAAACAGGCAUGUUUUGAGGAAUUCUUUAUCAUGUUUUAUUAUAACAGCUGUCCACUUAUUCUAUUCUA